AGUUCACCCAAUAGGCUCAGAAAAAAAAAAAAAAAGAGCUAGAUAUCAGAACAGAUGGGCGCUUCUCUUCUUUCAUCACCAGCACUUCUGGUUCUCUUCUCAUUUUUCACUUUGAGUCUACUUCCUCAGCCUGUACUUGGGAUCACCAGGCACUACAAGUUUGAUAUCAAGUUGCAUAAUGUGACACGUUUGUGCCAUACAAAGAGCAUCGUCUCAGUGAACGGACAAUUUCCAGGGCCUCGCAUUGUAGCAAGGGAGGGUGAUCAGCUUCUAAUAAAAGUGGUCAACCAUGUGUCAAACAACAUUUCCAUCCAUUGGCAUGGCAUUCGGCAACUUCGAAGUGGGUGGGCAGAUGGGCCGGCAUAUGUGACUCAGUGUCCCAUACAAAAAGGCCAGAGCUACGUUUACAACUUCACCAUUGUAGGCCAAAGAGGCACUCUCUUCUGGCACGCCCACAUAUCAUGGCUAAGAGCAACUGUUUAUGGUCCCAUGGUCAUUCUUCCCAAGCAUGGUGUUCCUUACCCAUUUGCUAAGCCUUACAAGGAAGUUCCCAUCAUCUUCGGAGAGUGGUUCAACGCAGAUCCUGAGGAAGUUAUUAGCCAAGCCCUCCAGACAGGUGGAGGUCCAAAUGUCUCUGAUGCUUAUACCAUCAAUGGUCUCCCAGGACCACUUUAUAAAUGCUCUACGGAAGAUACAUUCAAGCUGAAGGUGAAGCCGGGCAAGACUUACCUUCUGCGUCUAAUCAACGCUGCACUCAACGAUGAGCUCUUCUUCAGCAUUGCAAACCACACACUCACUGUUGUUGAAGUUGAUGCGAUUUAUGUUAAGCCAUUUGAGACUGAAACACUUCUCAUCACCCCUGGUCAAACCACAAAUGUUCUUAUUAAGACCAAACCCGGCUAUCCAAGUGCCACAUUCUUCAUGACUGCUAGACCAUAUGUAACAGGCCAAGGAACAUUUGACAAUUCAACUGUUGCCGCUAUCUUAGAAUACGAGUCACCACCCAAUAGCGUUCAUUCUAGCAGCUCAAUGCUCCCCUUGUUUAAACCAAUUUUACCUGCUUUAAAUGACACUUUCUUUGCUACAAAUUUCGCGAGUAAACUCUGUAGCCUGGCUAGUGCACAAUUUCCUGCCAACGUGCCCCAGAAGGUAGAUAAGCAUUUUUUGUUCACAGUAGGUCUUGGAACCAGCCCAUGCCAGCAGAACCAAACCUGCCAAGGUCCAAAUGGAACCAAGUUGGCAGCUUCAGUCAAUAAUGUAUCGUUUGCAAUGCCAACUACAGCACUACUCCAAGCUCAUUUCUUUGGCCAAUCAAACGGAGUUUACACCCCUGAUUUUCCUAGCAGUCCAAUAAUUCCGUUUAACUAUGCAGGCAUCCCACCUAACAAUACUAUGGUAGGCAACGGAACAAAGGUAGUAGUGCUUCCUUUUAACACUACCGUGGAGCUAGUUAUGCAGGACACGAGCAUUCUUGGAGCUGAAAGCCACCCUCUUCAUCUACAUGGCUUCAACUUCUUCGUUGUCGGCCAGGGUUUUGGCAACUUUGAUACGAAUAAGGACCCUGCAAAGUUCAACCUGGUUGACCCUAUUGAAAGGAACACUGUUGGUGUGCCAUCGGGAGGUUGGGUGGCAAUUCGUUUUCAAGCAGACAAUCCAGGGGUAUGGUUCAUGCAUUGCCACCUGGAAGUGCACACCAGCUGGGGUUUGAAGAUGGCUUGGAUUGUAUUGGAUGGAAAACUUCCCAAUCAGAAGCUGCUGCCUCCACCAGCAGAUCUUCCUAAAUGUUGAUCAAUAUGACUCACUCCUUGGUCCAUUCUGAGUUCUGACCAAAAGCCUGCCUAAACCCUUUUCUUUUGGCG